ACCACAUAGGGGAAAGGAGGAGGAGAACGAGAGCAACUUCCAGCAUGGAGCUGGCUAGCGCAGUCACUCUCUUGCUGGCCGUCUACCUUUCCUGCCUUGUCUUCAUAUCAGCCAGGAGGAAAAAGUCGUCCCACGGGAGGCUGCCCCCGGGCCCCACUCCCCUGCCCCUGGUAGGGAAUUUCCUGCAGAUCACGGCAUCGGAAACCUGCAAGUCUCUCCUCAAGCUACGUGAAAAAUAUGGCCCAGUGUUCACUGUCUAUUUUGGAACUCGCCCGGUGGUGGUUUUGUGUGGGCACGAUGCUGUUAAGGAGGCCCUGGUAGACAAGGCGGAGGAAUUCAGCGGAAGGAAGACCAUGCCUACUGUGGAAAGGAACUUCCAUGAACACGGGGUGGUGUUUGCCAAUGGAGAGCGCUGGAAGCAGCUGCGACGGUUCUCCCUCACCAUCUUGAGGAAUUUCGGGAUGGGGAAGAAAAGUAUCGAGCAGAGGAUCCAGGAGGAAGCUCAGUUCCUGCUUGAGGAAUUCCGGAAGACCGAUGAGAAGCCUUUUGAGCCCACCUACUUCUUGAGCCGCGCAGUCUCCAACGUCAUCUGCUCCAUCGUCUUUGGCGACCGCUUUGACUACAAAGACAAGGAGUUCCAGGCCAUGAUGGAGAUUAUGAACAACAGCUUCCGGGAGAUGAGCACGGCCUGGGCCCAGUUCUACGACAUCUAUGCCAGCUUCCUGAAGUACUUCCCUGGCCCCCACACCAAAGUCUACGAUCUCCUGGAAGACAUGAGGCGCUUCAUUGCCAAGAGAGUGGAGAAGAACCGCAAAACUUUAGACCUCAACUCCCCCCGGGACUUCAUCGACUGCUUCCUCAUCCAGAUGGAAAAGGAAAAGACCAACCCCUCCAGCGAAUUCAAUGUCAAGAAUCUGGAGCUCACCACCCUCAACCUGUUCUUUGCUGGGACAGAGACAGUCAGCUCCACCCUGAGAUACGGGUUCCUCCUCCUGAUGAAAUACCCCCAGGUGCAAGCAAAGAUGCAUGAGGAAAUAGACCGGGUGAUCGGCCGUGACCGGGCCCCAAACAUCGAAGACCGGAACCAGAUGCCCUACGUGGAUGCCGUCAUCCACGAAGUGCAACGCGUGAGCGACCUCAUUCCCAUGAAUGUGCCACACAUGGUCACCCGCGACACCGAGUUCAGAGGCUACGUCAUCCCGAAGGGAACAGAAAUCUACCCACUGCUCACCACCGUCUUGAACGACCCCACAAAAUUUAAAAAUCCAGGAUCCUUCAACCCAGAAAAUUUCCUGGAUGAGAAUGGACGCUUCAAGAAGAGCGAUGCCUUCGUGCCCUUCUCCUCAGGGAAGCGGAUCUGCCUUGGUGAGGCCUUGGCCCGCAUGGAGCUUUUCCUAUUCUUCACCACCAUCCUUCAGAGCUACCAGCUGAAGACUGUUGUGCCCCCCGCGGACAUUGACACAACUCCCCUGGAGAGCGGACUUGCCAACAUUGCCCCCAUGUACCAGAUGUCCAUGAUCCCACGCUGAGCAGAGGUCAAGCCCAGAGGGGUUUUUCCCAGAUAAGACUCUCAUCAGCUGCACCAGCAAGACUUCCAGAGCAUGGGGAGAGAGGGUUGUGACAGGGGCUUUUUUUAAAAAAUAUAUAUAUUAUUGUAUGAACAUUAGCAAUUUAUAUAAUACAAUUAAUAAACAAGCAGUUAUGGAUUACAUAUAAACAAGAUAACAAAAUAACAGGAUAAAAAGAUUACCAGUUCUUACAUAUCAGCUGCUUACAUAAUAACGUCAUUUAUGAUAUCAUUUUUUAUUUCAUUUUAUUUUGCUGAGAGAGGAGUUUGAACCUUUAGAACGCUUGGAAUUGCAUUAGGUUAGGGUUGAAAUUAUUAAAUAUUUUUUUAAAAGGGAACAAUUUUCCCAGGAAGUUUGUGCUGUUUGGAAAUUGCUCUGUUUGGUAGAUUUUGUCUGCUAUAAAGUGGUCCCAGACUUGUGUAUACCAGU